GUUUUAUCUGCGCUGCCUUUUUUUUUUUCUAUUGGGAGCGUGACGCAAAGCAAGUGCAGUUACAUUGCCUCCAAUUAGACCGCUUCACAGCUGAGACUGCAUCCAUCGAACGUGCAUUUUUCUUUUUUUUCUCUUCUCUUCUUUUCCUUUUCUCCUUUUUUUAGGAUGAUGCGCUCCGUCCUCUUCACGGUGAGCUUUGACGCUCUUGAGACGCUGAUUCAGAUCACCAACGGCGUCGGCUAUCAAUACCGCACCGCGUUUUCGACCUUCCUGAAGCAACGCGGCAUCGAUCUGGAUGCCGCCUGUCCGAACGCGAGCUGCGACAAUGUUAACGACGUGGCACUGAAGGCCAUUCGAGACGAAAUGAAAGUGGAUCGCGCGACGUGGACGACGACCGAUAAUCCAAAGGAGCAGCCGAUUGGUGGUGACUCGGACGAAACGUUGGUGAAGUUCUGGGGGAACGUCUUUGCCCGGACUUUCAAAAACCCCCUGCUCUACGAAGGGGCCUCCCCAGACGUGGCGGAGCAAAUUACGUCUCUCUGGACCGCCGAGGCAGAGGCGAUGCAAAAGUUUAUGCACUACGUCAUAUUCGACCUUUUCAAGUCAACCAAGACUCAAAGCUGGCUGCCGGAGGGGCUGCGCACCUUACAGAGCUUACGGGCGUGGAAUCUAACGCGUGUGCAGCUGGCACAGCAGAGCACGGCAAACGCGUCGGCGGCGUCCUCCUCUGCGCCGAUGCUGAUGCUCGCGGCACCACCUUUCGUCGUUUCAAACAUGGACCCGCGUCUGCGAACCGUUUUCUCCCAGCUCGGUGCGUUCGCGCCUGGCGAGCACGGUGAGCCGCCGCUGCUGUCUCGAGUCAUUGUGGCCCGCGACAUCGGCCUCGCCAAGCCGUCCCCACUGGGGCUACUGACGGGUGUGCGUGAUAUUGCCGCGGCCCGUCGCGCGGAGGGCUGCCCGGGGGAGGUGGAAAUGCGCUACCAUGUUCACAUUGGGGAUGCGGAGGCUGAUCGCAUUGCGUGCGAGAAGGCGGGUUGCACGUACCUGCAGUGCGACCCAACGAUCGGCGCCACGUGGGAGCAGCUGCGGUCGAAGCUGGAAGAAAUUGAGUCGUCGCUUCGCAACUGA